AUGAUCCAUAUGCAGGUUUUGUCCCCCCACCCUUCCCGUUUACCCAAUACUGAGGAGUCAUAUUCAACACACAGACCGGACUUCUUCAAAGACACACCUGGCCUGAGACCGGACUUCUUCAAAUACACACCUGGCCUGAGACCGGAUUUCUUCAAAGACACACCUGGCCUGAGACCGGACUUCUUCAAAGACACACCUGGCCUGAGACCGGACUUCUUCAAAGACACACCUGGCCUGAGACCGGACUUCUUCAAAGACACACCUGGCCUGAGACCGGACUUCUUCAAAGACACACCUGGCCUGAGACCGGACUUCUUCAAAGACACACCUGGCCUGAGACCGGACUUCUUCAAAGACACACCCUGGCCUGAGGCCGGACUUCUUCAAAUACACACCUGGCCUGAGACCGGACUUCUUCAAAUACACACCUGGCCUGAGACCGGAUUUCUUCAAAGACACACCUGGCCUGAGACCGGACUUCUUCAAAGACACACCUGGCCUGAGACCGGACUUCUUCAAAGACACACCUGGCCUGAGACCGGACUUCUUCAAAGACACACCUGGCCUGAGUUCUUGUUCAGUGACGACAAAGUGAAGUGUUUCUACAUCUCAGGUCACUGGUACUUGUCCUUCCAACUGUGAAAGGUUACUUCUUCUUUCCCCCGUGACUAUAAAAUUGAUCCUCCUUAUUGUCCAGCUUGUCAGACCGUGUUACAGGGAGGUCUGACCCAUUGACUUAAAGGAAGCAAUGUUAAAUUUCAAUCUGGCUUUGUCUGUAAUGGUACCCUAUUCCCUAAUGUAGUGCAUAGGUGUCUGGUCCAAGUAGUGCACUACCUAGGGAAUUAGGGUGUAGCCAUAGCGUCCCGAGUGAUGGACGACUUAAUACCCUCUCUGGGAUAUCAAGAUUUUGCUGCAGGCGUGAGCAUUAUAACUUAAUAAGAAACUGGGUUGAUUUAACCUGUACAUACUGUAAAAAAAUAAAAGUUUUACUAGGGAUGACCUGUACAUACUGCAGAAUAAACCAUUGAAAUGUAACGUUGCUGUUAUCAGAGCUCAGCAUGCAUGUCUUUGUUGGUAUGUACUACAUUUUUUAUUUAUUUUAUUUCACCUUUAUUUAACCAGGUAGGUUAGUUGAGAACAAGUUCUCAUUUGCAACUGCUACCUGGCCAAGAUAAAGCAUAGCAGUGUGAACAGACAACACAGAGUUACACAUGGAGUAAACAAUUAACAAGUCAAUAACACAGUAGAAAACAUGGAUGGGUUCACUAUCAGGAAUAUUCAUCUCUGCUGUCUAGGAAAGACAGACCAACACGAACUGUACUCCGCUGGUGGGAAAACCUAUCGCAUCUGUGUUUCCCCACUUAAAUGUUUUCACACUUACUAUAGUGGUAGUGUAGGGGCUCUAUUCAAUCAAUACGUAGCACUGUCGGUCCGCUUUGUAGCGCGAUUUGACUAAAGGCAAUGUUCCCGCAGUCGCAGAGACUGCUUUCACGGUAGAUGCUGCGUAUCUCGGCUCAAACGGAAAUUAUCUUCAUUUUAACGCGGAUCUUCAGCGUUUUUUUAAAUUUUAUUUUAUUUUUAUAGAUUGAAUCCAGCCCUAAACUGGGGAAAGGCGCACCAACCUAGAAGAAAUGGCCCACUUCGAUGUGUUCAUUGUAAUUAUAAGAUUAACAACACCGAUCUCGGUAUAUUCCGUUUAAGCUAUAAAAAGCCCCUAGAAAAUGCCAGUAUAAAAUGGAUGCCGGUGAGAAUGAGGUAUUUGUUCCAUAAAUGCUAAAACAACUGGUGAUAUCUGAUUUUAAAUAAGUUAACUUCAAUGUACAAUCACAGAAAAUGACAAACGAAUCUACUGUUGUCUCCAUUACUUAUGGAAGUGGUCACAUACCUCCCACUUUUUACCUUGCCGGCAAGUAGGAAACAAUACCUGUAAAAUUUAAAAAAACUUUUGGUCCUGUCAGAAAAGUUUAAAAUAAACUUUCCAUGGUGGAAUGAA